CCUCUCUCGGCACACACGUGCACGCACGGCAUUGCAAUUCGGCAUUGAUUCAAUCACCGCCCCGCCCCGCUCCUCGCCCUAAGCGUCUGAUUGGAAGGAAGGGUCAAGUUUGGGUUUACCAGGGAGGCGAAGCCGAGAAACGAUGAGGGUGCAUUGACGGCGAGGAAGAUCCUGAGUCCACAUCUUCAGUGAUUCCCAGUUUCUGCGAUGAGUUAACUGAUGGUGAAGUUGCUGCCGCCCUGAGGUCGGGUGUCAGAGGAGGGUGGAGUGCGUGAGUGAUGUCGUUGACGGUCCUCAGCGUGGCUGAGAAGCCCUCAGUGGCCAAGGAGAUCACCAAACACCUAGCGUCAGGACAGAUCAACACCGUGAGCUAUGGACAGUGAAGUGAAAAGCCCACUCAUUGCAAUCAUGGUGCGUGUGCAUUGUCGGUUGGGUGCAGUUGAACAGCCAGAGCAGGUAUAAUCCCGUGAGUGAGUUCCAGUCGUUCAUUCCCCUCGACAACCGCAGCUGCAGGAUGGUCGUCACGUCUGUCAGAGGGUCAGCCAGCCAACGGACCGACCGACAUGUGCCGUCGGUCCUUGCCCUCCUUGCCCUUGUUGUGAUGCUUGAUGCAGUCACGUGAUGGAGAUCGACUUCCCCGAGCAGUAUCGAGACUGGCAGAGCGUCGACCCGAGCACUCUGUACGAUGGUAGCAGAUGCACCAUCACAUAUGACAUCAGACGCGUGUGCGUCUGGCCGCGGCGCAGUGUGUGUGUGUGUGUGUGCGUGCAGCGGCGAUAGAGAAGCGUGUGGCCAAGGACAACGCGGGCAUCGCCAGGAACCUGCAGGUGCAGGCGAGGCGGUGCUCGCACCUCAUCCUGUGGCUCGACUGCGACAGGGAGGGGGAGAACAUCAGUUUUGAGGUGCGUCCAGAAAUGCUCUUGUGUGCGGCCUGCCUGCAGCUAUCAUGCAAUCAACGGAUGGAUGGAUGGAUGGAUGGAUAAGGGCAGGUGGUCAAGAUCUGCACCGAUGCCAAUCCUCGGCUGACCAUCCGGCGCGCGCAGUUCUCGGCCGUCACGCGUGAGCGAGACCGACUUGGGGUGUGGGUAUUUAUUAUUUCGGUGCUGUGGUCCCCCCGUGUGGUCAGACACCGACAUCCACCGUGCGAUGCGCAACCUCGUCGAUCCGAACCAGAAUGUGGCCGAUGCCGUCGACACACGACAGGAGAUCGACCUGCGCAUCGGUGAGUGAGUGGUCGGGUUGGUCGAGCAGACAGACAGACAGACAGACAGGCAGGCAGACAGACACAGGUGGACUGGACCAGGUGCGUCGUUCACCCGUUUCCUGACGAUGCGCAUCCAGCGCAAGUUCGACGGCUUCAACGCACACGUCGUCAGGUGCGUUUGGAUGAUGGAGUGCGGGGCUGACUGAAUGGGAUGGAUGGAUGGAUGGAUGGACGCACUGCAUGUGUGUGUGCGUGGGGUGUCAGCUAUGGGCCGUGUCAGUUCCCCACCCUGGGCUUCAUUGUGGAGCGGUGGGACACCAUUGAGAGCUUCGUCCCCGAGAACUUCUGGGCCAUCAAAGUCGUCAUCAAAAAGUGCCGGAGAGAGAGGGAGAGAGGCAGGAGCAGACACACUCCGCCUGCAUUUGUGUGUGUGUGUGUGUUUGUGUGUGCAGGCGUGACACGAGCCGCAACAACCAGCUGGUGCCAGUGGACUUCAGCUGGGACAGAAACAGGCUCUUCGACAAGUGAGCGAGCGAGAUGUCCGUCUGUGUGGCGAAUAGAGUGGGCCAAUCCCUUUGUGCGUGGGUCUGUGUGUGCGGCCCGUGCACAGGCCCACUGUCGAGCUGCUGCAUGAGAUGUGCGUAGAGGAGGGGCGGGCCACCGUUGUCAACGUAAGCGACAACAAUGGUGCUUCAUUGCAUCGCACCAGGGUGUGUGUGUGUGUGUGGUCUGUCAGGUGACCCACAGCCCCGCCACCAAGUACAAGCCGCUGCCGUUGAGUGAGUGCCCACAAACGAAACUCAACACCCCAGGCGCCAUCAGUGCACACACGCUCUCACUUCAGGCACUGUGGACAUGACCAAGUUCGUCUCGCGGCGGUUCCGCAUCUCGUCGCACAGGCACUACACUGCACUGCACCGCAUCCAAUGCACUGCACUCUAAUCCCUGUGUGGUGUGGUGUGGUGUUGUGGUGUGUGCAGGUGCAUGUCGAUAGCUGAGGCCUUGUACAACCGUGGGCUGCUGAGCUACCCCCGCACAGAGACAAACAAGUUCCCACCCACAAUGGACCUGCCGGCACUGGUGAGCGAGAAAGGGCCAGCCAGCCUGUGUGUGGGUGGCAUCGACUUUGCGUGUGUAUCUAUUUGCCGUCUGUCUGUCUGUGUGCAGGUGGCAGGGCACACCGGUCACUCUCAAUGGGGCCAGUAUGCGCAGCACCUCGGCAAUGGUGUGUAGACAAGCACGUGGAUGACGAGCCUUCCCUCAUCCCGUGCUGCGUGCAUCGAUCGCACCGAUCAGGUGGCUUCUCUGCGCCCCGAGGUGGCAAUCGUGACGACCAGGCCCACCCUCCCAUCCACCCCGUCAAGUGCGCCGAGAGGAACGAAAUGCAAAACAACGAUGAGUGGAGGGUGAGCAGACAGACAGACAGGCAGACAGGCAGACAGACGGAAGUAGCGCAAGGCCACCAUCAAGAACCUCUCAUGUCGACUGAUUCAUCCAACGUCAAUCAACGUCAGAUAUACGAGUUUGUGGUCCGUCACUUCUUGGCCUGCUGCAGGUGGGCGGGUAGGUGGACACCCGUCGGGGCAUUUCUUUCGUGUGAUCGUGUUGUUUGUUUGCUCAGUGAGGAUGCCCGAGGCGCCAAGACCGUCGUGGAGAUCCAGCUCGGAGGUGCGCUCCCUGCGCCCCCUGCAGACACAGACACGCACACACACACGCUCCUGCCUCAUCCAUUCCUUGUGUGUUUGCCGUGCGGGCGUGUAGGUGAGGGAUUUCACGCCAACGGGCUGAUAGUCCACGAGAAGAACUACCUAGACAUCUACACAUACGACACCUGGUGGGCGGCCCGUCAUGUCAGCCACACCACACACAGCACACCACUCACUCACACACACACACACACCUUGCACAAAGCUCUGCUGCGUCGGGUGCCUCGCCUUAGGACGGGCACUCAGCUGCCGCCCUUUGAGGCCAACGAGCAGUGCACCCCAACCUCCAUCGACCUCACCGUACGCCGCCGCCGCCACCACCACCACCACCGCCCCCAUUUUGUUCAUUCAGGAGGGUCAGACACAGCCGCCGCCCCUUCUCAGCGAAGCCGACCUCAUCGAGAAGAUGGACCGGGUCAGCUCAGCUUCAACCAAAGGCGAGUGUGGCUCUUGAUUGAUGGAUGGGCGGGGCGGUUGUGUGUGUCUGUGCGGGCAGCACGGGAUCGGCACCGACGCGACGAUGCACGAGCACAUCAAGACGGUGCAGGACCGGCAGUACGCCCAGCAGGACGCGCAGGGCGCCUUCAGGCCCACCGACCUGGGCGUCGGGCUCGUCAAGGGCCUGCAGGUCUACGCCAACCAAGGCAUCGACCUGUCAAAGGUGAAUGAAUGAGCAGAGUGGAUCGAUGGCUGGCUGGCUGGCUGGCUGGGCGUGUGUGUGCGUGUGGUCAGCCCGACGUCCGUGCGAUGAUGGAGCGAGAGAUGAACGACAUCGCAAGCGGCACCAAACAGAAGGUCAGCUCCACACCCACACCCACACCACCGCCGCGAGCACCCCACCCGUCCGUAUCCGUGUCGCUGCUCUCCGUGUUACCGCACCACCCCCCCUCCUGAAGGCUGUGGUGCUAGCCGACCUGGUCGCCCGGAUGCGUCAGAUCUUCACCACCGUCACCUCCAACGCACAGCAGCUCGACAAUGCCCUCUCCCAGUUCUUCCGCCCCCUGGGUGCUGCACUCAUGGACCAGCUGCAGCAGCAACAGGGUGGUGCCGGUGGCGGCCCACAGGUAGGGCGGGGCCGAGGGAGGGGGGCUGGUGCUGCAGGUGGCGCUGUGCCGGGCCGCCACGUGCAGCCGUCCUUCUCGCAGUGCGGCCUGUGUCAGGGCAUGAUGGACCUCCAGGUAGGCAGGGAGGCAGGGAGACAAGAGGGCACUGCUCACACACGAGCCGACACGCGGGAAUAUAUGCCUGUGUGUCGCAGACGGUGUUGGCUGGUGAUGCUGUUGGCAACAAUGGUGGGGCGGCGGGAGGAACCAGGGGCGGUGGUGGUGGUCGCGGCAAGGCUGCUGCCAAGGGGCGAGGGGGGAGGGGCAGGGGCAGGUCAGCCGACAUUCUUCAGCACCCGACAUUAUGGUGAUGGAUGCGUGUGUGCCUCUGUGUGUAUUUUGGUUCAGGGGCGGUCGUGGUCGUGGCCGUGGUGGGGCGGCGGGGGGCGGAGGUACACAUACAUGCACUCACACACACAUGAAUCAGACCACACAUGGCCGGCGAUGGUGAGGUUCUCCCUCUGUCUGUCUGUCUGUCAGUCUAUCGCAGGAGGGACGAUCGCUACUUGGUGUGCACCAACUACAGCAACAACUGCCCCACCGUGCUGCAGCUGCCAUCCAGAGGCCAGCUCACGGCACACAAUCAGAGAUGCCCCAUCUGCCACUUCCAGGUCUGGUUACUGAGGGGGUCGGCCGGUCGGUCUCACGAUCAACGUCUCCCUCUCUCUGUGUGUCGGUAGGCGUUGAGUGUGAGGAACGAGGAGACGGGCAGGUCGCACCACAUCUGCCCGCACUGCUUCCGCAACCCACCGGUAGGCAGACAGACAGACAGACAGACAGGCGCACACCCCACAGUAGCUUGCCUUUGCCCCAUCAUUGUGGUCAGAUGGACUAUGCUACGGCUGAUUUCGGCAAUGUGUCUGGCGACUUCCGCUGCUUCAAAUGCACACACCCCGUCAGUGACCCAAACUUGUUGAACCGCCAUCCAUCCAUCCAUCGGCACACGCAUCAUCGCACCCUCUCUCUCACGUGUGUGUGUGUGUGUGUGUGUGUGUGUGAUGUCUCAGAACUGUUCCCUGUCGACGGCCAGCCAGGGCUUCAGGGGCGGCUUCAACAACAACCUGCCACAGCCUGCUGCUGGUGCUGCUGGUGGACGGGGGGCUCCACAACAGCAGCAGCAGCAGCAGCAGCAGCAAGGAGUGAGAGGAAGAGGGCGUGGGAGGGGGGGAUAGCCCAGC